AUUAGAGUGGGAGUCUUUCACAAAAACCCUAAAUCUUUGCGGUAGCCCUGAAGGAGGAGAAUUUCCGUUUACCUUCUUCGCUUCGUCUUCUCGCCGCUGCGGUAGCGACACUCUAUUGAAGAUGAAGUUCAAUAUCGCAAAUCCUACUACAGGAUGCCAGAAAAAGCUUGAAAUCGACGAUGAUCAGAAACUCCGAGCAUUUUUUGACAAGAGGAUCUCACAAGAGGUCAGUGGAGAUGCUCUGGGCGAGGAGUUUAAAGGAUAUGUUUUCAAGAUUAUGGGAGGCUGUGACAAGCAAGGUUUUCCCAUGAAGCAGGGAGUACUGACCCCUGGACGUGUUCGCCUCUUGUUACACAGAGGAACGCCUUGCUUCCGUGGAUAUGGCAGGCGAAAUGGAGAGAGAAGGAGAAAGUCUGUUCGUGGAUGCAUCGUCAGUCCAGAUCUCUCGGUGUUGAACUUGGUUAUUGUGAAAAAGGGUGAGAAUGACCUUCCAGGAUUGACUGACACAGAGAAACCAAGAAUGAGAGGUCCAAAGAGGGCAUCAAAGAUUCGGAAGUUGUUCGAUCUCUCCAAACAGGAUGAUGUUCGCAAGUAUGUCAACACAUACCGCCGAACCUUCACAACCAAAUCUGGAAAGAAGUGCAGUAAGGCUCCAAAGAUACAGCGAUUAGUAACUCCAUUGACCCUACAAAGGAAGAGAGCAAGAAUUGCUGAGAAGAAGAAGAGAAUUGCAAAGGCCAAGUCUGAGGCUGCUGAAUACCAGAAGCUCCUUGCCUCUAGGUUGAAGGAGCAGAGGGAACGUCGUAGUGAGAGCCUAGCCAAGAAAAGAUCAAGACUCUCUGCUGCUUCUAAGCCAUCUGUUGCAGCUUAGGUUCAUAUGUGAGUUUUUGGAUACUUCAUUUAGUUUAUUAUUCGCUUAGAGGGGAUUGGAUUUCACAUUCUGGGGUAAUUUGGCCUUUGUUUUCCUUGUUGGAUGUUGUGGUAUAGACAUGGCAAGGAUUUCACAUUCUGGGGUAAUUUGGCCUUUGUUUUCCUUGUUGGAUGUUGUGGUAUAGACAUGGUAAAGCACCUGAGACUGUUCAGUGUUUUUGGAGGUGGUAUCUGUUUAUUUAUAUUUUAGUUUUAACAAAUUGCUACUCUGAUAUACUUAAAAUAUAUCUGCAUUAUAUUUGAAAGUUUCUUAUUUUGGCCUAAA